AUGGAUAAGCAGCCACCAACUGCGAGUUCUAGAAGAUCUGUGGCGUCGUUUCGUACAACACAGACUUAUACGCCCAAUAUUUCCAGAGAGUCUUCCCCAUACUUCUGUACGCCGACCCAAGGUCUCAAAAGCAUUCGUUCCAACCCGAGUAGGGCCACAUAUUUGACCAUCACCCCACAAGCCUCCUCUCCUGUGGAGAUUACAUCCACUACUGAACCAACCUCAAGCUACGAUUACGAUGAUACGUCAAGUCAGAGCACUCAAACCCCUCAGGAGCCCUCACAAUACUCCUUUGUCAGUCGGCCAGGCACGUCUCAAACCAGCCGUACGACACGCUUAUCUCUGCCAGAUAGCGAGAACCACAAGAUCGUAUGCGCUCUGAGUGAGGCUCGUGGAGUUACUCCAUCUGUCGGGAUGGCAUCUAUCAACUCUUCCACCGGCGAGGUCAUUCUUAGCCAGAUUUCCGACAGCAAGUUCUUUACGCGGACAAUCCAUAAGCUUCAGAUAUUGGAACCCUCCAUCAUCUUGAUCGUUGCUUCAAGCUGCCCACCGAAUCCUAAAUCGCGACUGUACAGCCAUGUUGAGGAGAACAUGCCCGGAAUAAAGAUUGCUCCCUUUGAUCGACGCUACUGGUCAGAAAUGGAAGGAAUAGACCGCAUCGAUGCAUGUGCAUUCCGGGAGGAUGCAGCGGCUAUCAAAGUUGCUCUCAAUGGAAGCUAUUAUGCCACUUGCUCGUUUGCAGCCGCCAUAAGCUUUUUAGAGACUCAAUAUUCGUUGCGGAUCUUCCCUAAUUCCCUUCGUGUAAGGUACCAGCCGUGCGAAGAUACAAUGAUGAUUGACGUGUCCACCAUCAUCUCCAUUGAAAUCCUUCAAAACUUGGGCAACCCUCGGUCAAAAGACAGUCUCCUCGGACUCCUCAAACAGACUCGCACGCCAAUGGGCGCCCGGUUACUUCGGAGCAACCUCCUUCAGCCUUCCACACUAAAGGAGCUAUUCAUUGAUCCCAGAUAUGACGCAGUGGAGGAGCUUCUACAGUGCCAAGACAUAUUCAUCGAGGUCAGAAAAGCUCUUAUAGCUUUUCCUGACGUCGAAAGGAUGUUGACCCAGCUUGUCAUCGUACCACGUCAACCGACAGUAGCCGGCACGGAGUCUCUCAUGAACAACAUCCUCAAGGUCAAGACCUUUGUGGAUGCAGUGCCCAACUUAUACGAGGCUCUGAGUUCGGCCACAUCACCUCUUUUGCUGAAGAUUCUACAACUUCUCCGCCCUCAUUUUUACACCCCUGUCAGAGAUAUGAUAUAUCAGACCAUACAUCAGGAUGUUUCAUAUUCCAAGCGCGCUCUUGAUCAAAGAAACCAAAGAACAUUUGCCGUCAAGUCUGGUGUGAACGGUCUGUUGGAUGUUGCUAGGCAGACCUACAAAGAAAACACUGAGGAAGUCCACAAGCACGUUUCUCAACUUUAUGAGGAAUAUGGCAUUGAAGCCAAAAUCCAAUAUGACUCCAGACGUGGCUACAGCCUUCGUGUUCGUGAAGUGGAUUUUGAAGAUCGCUCGAUCCCUGCUAUUCUGGUCAAUCGAACUACUCGAAAAGGUACCAUCGAAUGCACAACCAUACGUCUCAAACAACUUAAUCAGCGGAUCACCGACUCUACCUCUGAAGUCAUCAUGCAGAGUGACCAAAUCAUUCAGGAUCUCACAGACAGCAUUAGGACCCAAAUUGCCCCGCUGUAUCGCAUGUGUGAGUCAAUUGCUCUCCUAGAUAUGUUGGCCUCCUUCGCUCAAGCCAGUUCAAUCUACGAUUGGGUACGGCCCUGCAUCUCGGAUACACUAGCCCUGGAGGCCGCAAGACAUCCAAUCUUAGAUAAGAUGUUGAAAGAAGAAUGCGUCCCCAACGACUAUUACGCAUCCGAUGACUACCGUUUUCAAGUUAUUACCGGCUGCAACAUGAGUGGCAAAACCAUCUACAUAAAGAGCAUCGCAAUGCUUCAGAUCAUGGCGCAGAUCGGAUGCUUUGUACCGGCAAAAAGCGCCAACUUUCCCAUUAUCCACAGUAUCUUUGCCCGAGUAUCAAUCGAUGACAGGAUGGAAUCUAACCUGUCUUCCUUUUCUCUGGAAAUGCGGGAGAUGGCUUUCAUUCUACGCAAUGUCAACAAUAAGAGUAUGGUCAUUAUUGACGAGCUUGGUCGAAGCACCAGCACCCAAGAUGGACUCGGCAUUGCAAUAGCUAUGGCAGAAGCCCUAGUCCAAAGUCGAGCGUUGGUUUGGUUCACCACACAUUUUGCGGAACUAGCCGACGUUCUCAAUGACCGUCCGGGAGUGCUGAAUCUGCAUCUCGCAAGCGAUAUGUCAACCACGGAAAAUGGAAAUCCAAAAUUGACCAUGACAUACAAGGUUGAGUCUGGCAAAGUGGACCAGAUCCUGUACGGUAUCACCCUUGCAAAGGCUAUGGGGUUCCCACAAAGAUUUCUAGAGGUAGCAGAGCAUGUUUCUCUUUCCAUCCGAGAAAAACGGUUGAGAAACCAGCAGAGCUCGAAAGCAAGAAAGAUCAUCAGUGAACGCAAGCUGAUCCUCAACUUACAUGCGCAACUGAAGCAAGCACACCAAUCUGAUAUGGAUGAUGAGACGCUACUGAGCUACUUGAAGCGUCUUCAAGCUGAAUUCAUCGAGCGCAUGUCAGCACUUCAUGAUGGAGAGAAUCAUGUCACAGAGACCGGUACUGGCAACUCUGAAAUUGAAGAUAAUGCUACAUAUGAAGACGAUGAUGUUUUUGAUGCUAUGGAUGUGGAGACACUCUCUCUAGGAGGCUGA